CUUCCAGCCAGUGCAGCAGCAACACAAGCACAGCGACCAGUGGCGUCGUCGAGCACUUGGAGCAGCAGCAAGCAAUGGCCAUGGCAGCAGUGGCGUCGUCGACAAUGGAGAUCGAUCAGGACCUCCCCGGAUUCCGGUUCCAUCCCACGGAGGAGGAGCUCCUCGGCUUCUACCUCUCCCGCGUCGCCCUCGGCAAGAAGCUCCACUUCGACAUCAUCGGCACCCUCAACAUCUACCGCCACGACCCCUGGGAUCUUCCCGGGCUGGCAAAGAUCGGGGAGAGGGAGUGGUACUUCUUCGUGCCGCGUGACCGGAAGGGCGGGAGCGGCGGGCGGCCGAACCGGACGACGGAGCGGGGGUUCUGGAAGGCGACGGGGUCGGACAGGGCCAUCCGGAGCACCGCCGACCCCAAGCGGGUCAUCGGCCUCAAGAAGACGCUCGUCUUCUACGAAGGCCGCGCUCCGCGGGGCACCAAGACGGACUGGGUCAUGAACGAGUACCGCCUCCCAUACUCCGGCCCGGCGCCACCCCAGGAGGACACGGUGCUGUGCAAGGUAUACCGGAAGGCCACGCCUCUCAAGGAGCUCGAGCAGAGAGCCUUUGCGAUGGAGGAGAUGAAGCAGAGGUCCGGCGGCAACGGUGGGUACGGCUACAGCGGUGCGGCCAGAGCGUGCCCUGCUCCUGCACCGGGCGCCAGCGACUUCUACCUGUCGUCAUCGGACGACGUCGAGGACAACUUCCUGAUCCCCUCCUCCUCCUCCUCGUCGGUGGCGCCGCCUGCAAACAGCAGCAGCCACGACGAGCCCAGGGAAGCUAAGAUGGAAGCAGACAUGGCCACGGUGAGCGUGGCGUCGACGUCGUCUCUGCCGCUAGCGGCGAACGCGCCCUUCCACCUGCAGCUCCCAACCGUGAACCCACCCUGCGGCCUCCAGGUCCCGGCGGCGAACCAUGGGAUGUCAAACAUGCAGCUACCGGCGGCAAGGCAGGGUGCUCUGGAUCUGCCCAGCCUGCAGCUCCCGGCGGCGAGCAGCCACGGAGUGUUCGACUGGCUAAAUGACCCGUUCCUGACGCAGCUGCGCAGCCCGUGGCAGGACCAGCAUUCCAUGUCCCCUUACUCCCGUCUGCUAUACUAACCACAAGCAAGUCGUGCAAAAAACAAGUGUGCAAGUGCAAAAGUUGAAGCAGAAUAGAUGGUUAGCUGCAAGUUAAUUCAGUUGUGCAUAGAAUACUACGGAGCAAUGCUACAUGUACAAAGAGUUACCCUGCAUGUACAAAGAGUCACGUUCAAAUUAGCAAGUUGACAAAUUAUGCUAUAAAGGAGGGGCUCACGCUCACCUCAUUGAAAUA